AUGGCAAAACCUCUUGCUUCUUCCAACCACGUCGAUGUCGAGACGCAACACUCGGCAGCGCAACAUGGCGGAGGCCUACCAGCCACAGAUGACGGCGGCAAUGUCGACGACCCGCCGCCUAUACCGAACGGUGUUGCCAGCGCAGCCUCAUCUACGGACUCUGUUCUCCUGAACGACAAGUCCAAAGGUGGAGCUCGCACUCGCAACACCACAACUACAAACUCAUCUUUCAUCACUAUCGAGGAGACGAAUAGUGACAACAUCCAUGCUCAUGCACACACUCUGUCUGCCAGUAGUGUGGCGAACAUUCUUGCAACAGAUGCCCAGAAUGGUUUGACGGCCAACGAGGUGACUCACCGUCGUGAGCGCUAUGGAUCCAACAAGCUAGAAAGCUCUGGUGGCAUCGUCUGGUGGAGGAUUCUCCUUAGACAAGUCUCGAACAGCUUGACCCUAGUUCUGGUGAUAGCCAUGGCACUCAGUUUCGGGACUCAAGACUGGAUUGAAGGCGGUGUCAUCACAGCGGUCAUCUUCCUCAACAUCGUCGUCGGCUUCUUCCAGGACUAUCGCGCCGAACAGACCAUCGCCUCUCUUCUGGCCAUGGCGGCGCCUGAAUGCAAGGUCAUCCGCGACAAUGGCAACCUCACGAACAUCAAGGCAGAGGAUCUGGUCCCUGGCGACCUUGUUCAGUUGGUGACGGGCGACAUCGUGGCUGCUGAUCUCCGUCUUGUCAACAGCGUCAACCUUGCCAGCGACGAAGCUCUCCUCACCGGUGAAUCGAAGCCUUCUGUCAAGGACGCCGACUACAUCUCCGAUAAGAUCGAUGCCCCUGUCGGCGAUCGGACCAACAUUGCCUACUCGUCGACCACAUUGACACGUGGUCGCGGAGCUGGUAUCGUCAUUGCUAGUGGUAUGAACACCGAAAUUGGCAAGAUCGCUGUCCUGUUGCGGGACAAGCCUCCUUCAAAGGAAGGUCCAUGGCUUGUCAGAUGCGGCAACAGAGUCCUGCGCGGUAUCAAGAACGCUCUUGGUCUCGUGGGCACGCCUCUCCAGGUCAAGCUUUCUUGGUUCGCCCUGUUCCUCUUCGCCUUGGCCAUACUCCUCGCCAUCAUUGUCUUCUCGGUGAACCUCUGGGACAUUGACGAUGAGACCUUGAUCUACGGUAUCUGUGUGGCAGUUGCUGUUAUCCCUGAAUCUCUGAUCGCUGUGUUGACCAUCACCAUGGCUGUAGGCUCAAAGGCUAUGGCACGAGGUAACGUCAUCGUGAGAAGGAUGGGUGCGCUCGAGGCAAUUGGUGGCGUCACCAACAUCUGUUCCGACAAGACAGGAACAUUGACCCAGGGUAAGAUGCUUGCCAGAAAGGCAAUGCUUCCCGGUGGUCGCUUUAUCAGUGUAGAGAACGAGACACACCCCCUCGAUCCCACUACAGGUGAGCUGAAGCUGGAUGGGAAGCCGCUUGCUCUAGAGCAGAUUUGGCCAGAGCUCGAAUUGCAUCGCUUCUUUCAGAUCAUCGCGCUGUGCAACGUGUCUACUGUCAAGGCGCCUCACGACGAAGAAGCCCAAUGGACAGCCACGGGAGAACCCACCGAGAUAGCUCUCUCUGUCAUGGCACUGCGAGCUGGUUGCGGCAAGCAGGAUACUAUUCACCGCGAAGGCCUUCGACUGCUUACAGAGCACUCUUUCGACUCGGCUGUAAAACGAAUGUCAGCCGUGUACGCUAGCGACCCGAAUGGGGAGCUGACCUGCUUCACCAAGGGCGCCACUGAAUUCCUCCUGCCUCUGAUGAGGGUCAACGAGGCAACAUCGAAAGCUAUCCUGGCACAGGCAGACGCCAUGGCCUCUGAAGGUCUGCGUGUUCUUUGCCUUGCAUACCGAACCUUGAACCCAGACGAGGACAGCAAGAUCAUGGAUCGCGAACACGUGGAGCAAGACCUCAUGUUUGCCGGCCUGGUCGGUAUCUACGAUCCCCCUCGUCUCGAAUCUGCUGGCGCCAUCAAGCAAUGUCAACGAGCAGGGAUUACCGUUCACAUGCUUACUGGCGACCACCUCAAGACAGCUACUACCAUCGCCCGGGAGAUCGGUAUCUUGGCACCGCACGUUACUGGAUCUUCCUCUGCCGACGCGGUGAUGACUGCCUCUGUCUUCGACAAGAUGUCUGAUCAAGAUCUGGAUAACAUGGCUUCUCUCCCAUUGGUCCUCGCACGUUGCAGUCCUACCACAAAGCUGCGUAUGCUUGACGCUUUGCACCGCAGAGGCAAGUAUUGUGUGAUGACUGGAGACGGAGUGAACGACUCGCCAGCUUUGAAGGGUGCCGAUGUGGGCGUCGCCAUGGGCCUCAACGGCAGCGAUGUUAGCAAACAAGCCGCAGAUCUGGUCCUUACCGACGACAACUUCGCAUCCAUCGUCUCAGCUAUCCGCGAAGGCCGUCGUCUCUUCGAUAACAUCCGGAAAUUCUUGCUGCACUUGCUCAUCUCGAACAUCGCUCAAGUCAUUCUACUCCUCAUCGGCCUGGCCUUCAAAGACAACAACGAUGUCUCCGUCUUCCCACUAUCACCACUCGAGAUCCUCUUCGCCAACCUGGUCUCCUCUUCCUUCCUCGCCAUCGGCUUGGGUCUCGAAGAAGCAUCAGCAGAUGUAAUGACCCGCCCACCACACUCACUCAAGGCAGGCGUCUUCACCAAAGAGCUCAUCAUCGACAAAUUCAUCUACGGAACCUGUAUGGGCUGUCUAUGCCUCGCAAGCUUCUGCAUCGUCGCAUUCGGCGUCGGCGACGGCAACUUAGGCGACGACUGUAACCACAACCACAACGACACCUGCGACCUCCCAUACCGUGCUCGCGGUACAGCUUACGCUAUUCUCACCGUCUUGCUCUCCGUCAUGGCAUGGGAGGCGAAGCAUUUGGAUCUCAGUCUGUUCAACAUGUACCCGAACGAGGACUCGCGCAAGGGACUCUCCUUCUUCUCCACCGUCACCAAGAAUCGCUUCCUGUUCUGGGCGGUCAUGGCUGGUCUGGUCACGCCGUUCCCGGUUAUCUAUAUCCCUGUCGUCAACCGCAUUGUGUUCCGCCACCUGCCGUUGACGUGGGAGUGGGGUCUGGUGGCUGGUAGUAUUGUUGUUUUCAUCUCGCUUGUUGAGAGCUGGAAGGCUAUCAAGCGUAGGAUGAAGGCGAAGAAGGCGCGCAAGAACCCUAUCGAGGUUAACAACUUUGACAAUGAUAAGUCUCAGGUUUAG